ACUGAGAGAGGCAGCUGAGGCAUUCUUAUUAAUUAUUCAUUCUUGCCAGUGUUUAUUGACUCAACUCCAAAGCACUCAGCAUUUAUCUUCAUCCUGCCUCCUCUUUUGACAGAGGAGGAAACUGAGUCCCAGAAAGGGGCUGGGAUAGCCCCAGCGACUUGUGGGGAGUACAGUAGCAAAGCUAAGAUCCAGAGGAGGAUCAAAGGAUCUCUGCAUCAGGAAGGGGGCACAGAAAUCAGGAAAUCCAACUUCUUUAUUUACAGGGAAAGAAACAGGUCCAGAGAGGAGAAGGGACUCGCCCUCAUCGCUGGAUCUGAACUCGUAUCCUUGAGGUCAGAAUUCCACUGCCCAGGGAUGCUUCUUCAGCUCCUAGUUCUAUCCAAGGUGCCUUCACACAGCCUCCUUGCAAUGCUGAGAUCCCUCAUUUACACAGGAGGAAACCGAGUCACAGCAAGUACAGGCCAGUGGUCUGGGGCUGUAGGGGAAAGAGAGGAUCUGCCCAUCCCCCUAAUGCUUCCUUCUGAGCCUCAUUCCAGCUUGCUUCCCCUGCUCCCAAGGGCUAUUUAGUUUCCCCUCCCAUCCCAGAGGCUCCCCCCCUUCCCAAGCCUCUGUGACCCACCCCCACCUCCAGCUGCUGGGAUGACUGACUGACUGACAGGGUGGCCUUGGGCUGGGGGAGGGAGGAUUGUGGAAGAAACAGCUGCCAGCUUCCAGAAGUUGAUAUCCUUCAUGGCCUCUCCAACAGCCCAAGGGGCAUUUUCCCAAUAAUAAGGGGUUGUUGGGGGCCAGACAGGAAAAUGGAGGACCUUGCCUGGGUCUCAGUUUUUCCCUUUAUAAAAUGAGGUGUUUGGACUCAAUGGCCUUUGUUUUCAUUCACGUGUGUCUGUGAAUGUGCGUAUGAUUUUAUCUGGGCAUUUUCUUUGUCUUUAAAAUGAGGUUACAUUGUGUAUGUGCAUACACCAACCCCACAUAGAUAUCAAAGCACCGUAGAUCCAAAAACAGACCAAAGAGCCAACCCCCCUCAUUUUACAGAGGAGGAAACUGAGGCUGAGACAAAGGAAGUGACUAGCUCAAGGUCACAUGGGGCUCUUGUGGCAGGCACAUCUGCUCCAGAUCCAGGAUCUUGAGCUCUCUAAGGUCCUUUUCCAGUUCUGAUAUUCUUAGGCAAUCCUGGCCUAGUUGUCUAUAGUCACUGAUCAAGGACCUAGCUUGGGCCAGCAAGCACUGUGCUAAGCCCCUCUAGCAGAGAUAAGAGGAAGUCCAUUGUUGUUGUUUGCUAGGAGCAGAGACCACGGGCAAAUCAGGGGUGGUCCAGCCUAACCCCCUCUUCUUGCAACCCCAAACACAUAUUUAUAGACAAAAUUCCCACCCCCAGAUCCCCCGUCCACAUGCAAAUCAUAAUGUCCCCAGAGCUCCAUCAAGUCCAAAUACUUCAGUUUAGAAAAAAUGACUGAAUGGACAGCAGCCUCCAACAGACAGAGAGGAGGAAACUGAGGCUCAGGGAAAUGAUUUACUUGGCCAGAGUCACACAGCUAGUAAAGAUUGGAGGCAUGAUUUGAACUUGGGUCUUCUGGACUCUUUGCCCAGCAUCUGAUCUCUGGAGCUCUCUCCGUGUGACUUUGGAUAAGUUAUUGGCUCCCCCUCUCUGGGCCUCCAAUUCCACUUCAGUCGAAAGUACCAGCCUGGGAUUGGACUCAAGGGUUCUGGUUCCAAAGCCAGGGCUCUUUCCAUUCCUCUGGGCUGCCUCCUUGUUCUGACUAGCUCCCAAGGCACGGUGUCUGUUCAGAAGUUUUUAGUCAUGGCAGACUCUGUGUAAUGCCAUUUGUAGUUUACUUGGAGAAGAUCCUGGAGUGGUUUGCAUUUUCUUUUCUAGCUUAUUUUACAGAUGAGGAAACUGAGGCAAAUGGGGUAAAAUGACUUGCCCAGAGUCACACAGCUAGGAAGUAUCUGAGACCAGAUUUGAACUCAGGGAGAUGAGUCUUCCUGACUCCAGGCCUGGGGCUCUAUCCACUUUGCCAAGCACUCAAGGUACUACCCCACAUAUUGGUGACUCAACCAUAGAGAAAGCUGGGUGGAGAGUGGAUCCACAGGUCCUUGGCCCAACCCCAGAGUUAUAGGUUCAAGACCCAGAUUGGAGGGUGGGGUGAGGAGAGAGCCAAACAAGUGUGACCCUGGACAGCUGGCAUUGCAUUCUGGUCCUUGCCACCCUGAGAUUUACCAGGAACUGGGACAGCUGCUUCGGGGAUGAGGCUGGGGAAUUGGGGGCCCCUCCAGAGCUCUCCCCACAUUUGCCAGGACCCUAAACCCCGGCUGCCCAGAGUGUUCCCUUGCCCUUCACCUCAUUCCUAGUGAGCUUCCUCGAUGGCCCAGUGCCAGCUGAUUUGUGACAAAGGUGGGGCAGUGCCAACCCUUUCCCUGGCACUGGGGCCCUGCCCAUCACCCUAUACGCAUGGCCCUCCUCUUCAUGCCUACUGUAGGGAACAAGGCAGCUCCUUGGGGCUCCCAGCACCAGGGGAAAAGGGAAACUGAGAACAGACCUUGUUUUCCUGAGACCCGGGGAGCAGGGAUGGGCUUCCCAAUCCCCCCUGGCUUUCAGGUAAAGGGCAGAAAGAAACUCCCAGGGCGGGGCUGGGAUGGGUGGUUUAAAAGGGUUUGAGCCAAUCAGAGGCCGCCCUGGGGCCCAGCGUGGCUGGUGGAUUCGGUUACAGAGCGCAGAUCACCCCAUAUGCUUCAUCCUCUGGAGCUGGUGCCUCUGCCUGCCUGCCUGCCUGCCUGCCGGCUCCUUCAUUCAUUGGUCCAGAAGCUACUUCUCCCCCCGCACCAGCCUCCCUUCCGCUCCUGGGCAGCCUCGUGGGACCCUCCGGGAGUGGGCAGAAGGGGACAAGUGUCUGGGGGCGAGGGGAGCCGAGAUGGGACACCCACGGUGGCUCCUGUGGGUGCUCAUCCCCCUGGAGACAGUGCUGGCCAAGGGGAACCCGGUGCCAAGGUUCAGCUGGAACAACACCUUCUGUCAUGUGGCAGUGCCCGGGACAGUGCCCACUUCUCCCCUCCGGGCCCUGAGCUUCCUGAGCCAGGGUCCCCAUGGGUUGGCUUUCUUCCAUGCCAGCUGGGAUGGGCAGGGCCACCUGCUGGAGUGUGCCCAUUGGGAGGAAGCUGCCAUCGUUCUGCCGUAUCAGGCCGCAUGUGCCCAGGAGAGGGGCAGCGAGACAUCACUUGGCAUUUUUGCCCACCCCUUGAGGCCCGGACUGCAGCAAGCCUUGGAAGUCCUCGAGGAGCAGCAAGGUGUCUGUGGCAGCAGCUCCGAGGAGGUGCCACCGAGGCCCGGGCAGGAGGCAAACUGGGAGCAGGGGACCAAAGGGCAGCCUGAGGGGGAGGAAGAGCACCUGGCAGCCAGUGGGCACCGGCGGGUGAAGAGGGGCUGGACCAUGCCUGGGACACUGUGGUGUGGAGUUGGGAACUCGGCGGGGAACUCCACGGAGCUGGGCAUCUUCCAGGGGCCAGACCUGUGCUGCCGGGAGCACGACCGCUGUGCCCACAACAUCGCCCCCUUUGAGUUUAACUAUGGGAUUCGGAACUACCGUUUCCACACCAUCUCCCACUGCGACUGUGACACCAGGUUCCAGGGCUGCCUCCAGCGCCAGCGGGAUGCCAUUUCCAACUUUGUGGGCACCACCUUCUUCAACCUGCUGGAAAUUCCCUGCUUUGUGCUGGAGGAGAAGGAGGAGUGCAUCCAGUGGUACUGGUGGGGCGGGUGUAGGAAAUAUGGCUUUAUUCCCCGGGCCCGACUUCUGCAACCGAGUCGCUUCAAUGUGACUCAGGUCCAGCCUAGCCAAGCAGAGAAGCCUUCCCGGAGAAAGCAGCUGAGGCAGAGACAUCAAGGUCAGCCCAGGAAGUCCAAGAGGCCCAAGUCUCGUUUCCAAACUCCCCCCACUCUGCCCAGCAGUCUACAGAGAGCAAACACCAGUGCCCAAGCACUGUCUCCAACCCUGCCUCAUCUGGCUCCCAGCUUGGGGAGUCCCCACAUAGGGAUCACCCCAGGAAUGUGGAUGAGGGUGACUGGGGACCACCAUGCUCAGGAGGAACCCCUGGAUGGAGGAUGGAGGCCAGAAGGGACACAAGCAUCCAGAGGCCCAACAGAGGGAGCUGCUGAGGGACCACCGAAGGUCCCAAAUCCUGGAGAAGGAGCUCCGAAGCCCACUUUCUACCCAGCUGAUAAGACCUUCCAAGAUUUCUCCAAGACUUGCCAGUGCUACCGGGAACUGGACCGAUGUCCGCACAAGAUCGAGCCCCGGGAGACCAAGUACCGGCUGCACAAUCCGGGCAGCCACACGCUCUUCCACUGUAACUGUACGAGACGGCUGGCCAAGGCUCUGAGGACCAAGAGCCCCAACGAGGUGGAGGACAAGCUCUGGAACCUGUUGGCGCUGACUUGCUUUAAGCUGGAACCCCCCGAGGACUGUGGACCGAGCCGCGGCUGCAGAGGUGGCUCUCGGGCUGUGAUGGUUCCUGCCCGGCACCUCCGGCGUCUGUGGAAGAAGCAGGCUGGAUGGCAGAGCGCUGGGCCAGGGAAGAAGAAGAAGAAGAGAAGGCGGGAGAGGCGGCUGCAGGCCCGGAGGUGGGGACAGGAGCAUGGCGGCCCCAUGACUCUCUAUGACAAGUGCCUCCGGAGGAUUUCGGCAGCAUCCUGGGCCGCCCAGUGACGGGGAGGCAGCUGGCGGGAUCCGAGGGGCUGGACGUGCAGAGAAAGCUCCCUCCUGGGCCCCAUGGAGCCCACCCUCGACUCCAGCUUGCCCAGGGGGCGUGCCUUGCCCAUCCGAGCUUUGGUGCUGGCUGGCAGCGGGCCUGCCCCAUCCACAAUCUUCUACUCAGGACGAACAAUGAGAACCAAAGGGCAUUGCUGCCCACCACUGACCAGACUGGGCUGGCACCUUUGCAGAUGCCCAUGGCCAGCUGGGCAGAGGGCGAGGGCCAUUGUGGCACAAUGCCGUCUCUGGACUGGGAGGCAGGAGACCUACGUUCUUCCCAGACUCCACAUGGGCACAUUCCUUCAUGUGGGUAGGCCUCAGUUUACCUAUCUAAAUGUGAAGGACUUGAUGGUUUGUUACCCUCCCAGGCCUCAGUGUCUUCAUCUGGAAAAUAUGGGGAUUGGACCCGUUCUGGAGCUCUGGUCCUUUCUUCUGAAUACUCCAAUAGAAUCUGGGCCAGCCAAAGCCAUCGAUAGCCUCCCACUCCAAGAGACACGUGGUUGGCCCCAUCCCCAGGCCCUGCUCGGGCCAGUCUUGGCUCCAGUUUAAUUUAUUGGGUAGGGGCAGCACGUCAGGCCUGGAGUUGGGAGAUCCUGGGUUCCAAUCUGGCCUUGACACUUCCUAGCCAUGUGCCCCUGGGCUAGUCACUUCACCCCAGUUGCCCGGCCCCUACCCCUCUUCUUAGAACUGAUACUAAGGCAGAAGGUAAAUGUGUAAGAAAUGUUUGUAUUUGGUUGUCUCUGCCCUUGGGAUGAGGAGCUGACUGACUGCCUGGGGCAGGGAGAUGGAGGCGGGGUAACUUAUGGGGUCCCCACCCUGUUUGGUCUGCUGGCUGGAUCUGGCUUCUCCCCCAGGAUGCAGUGCCAGCGGUCACUUGCUCCCCAGGGUGAGCGGCUCAUGGCACCUUUGUAUCCAUAGUCUCCACGGUCCCCUGCAAGAUGCCCCUGUACCGGCCGGCCCCCGUGUCCAUGGGGAAGGCAGGGAUGAGGACAAGGGACUGGGUCAACCCUGGAGGACACCAGGAGGAGAAGGCUGAGCUGGGCUGAAGUCUUGGGGACACUGAGGAAUCUUGCCCCUCCUCUGUGCCCUCCGUCUCCGAGGCAGAGGCUGCCAGGGAAGGGGCGAGCCUCAGAGACAGAAUGUGGCGUCCAUACUGGUAUUCACCAUGGAGGCACUGGCUACCUGAAGAAGAAAUGGCCGGGGGUCAGGAGACCUGAGUUCAAAUUUCACCCUUGAAGUUUCCCAACGGGUUGACCUUGGGGAGCUCCUUUCUUUCCGGCCUUCAGACUCCUCCUCUGUAACUCUCUGUGGUGCCCCAGCCCUGAGCCCAGCUCCUCCAGCCUCUGUUUGAAGAUCUCCAGGGCUGGGGAACUCACCACCUCCACAUCCACCCAUUCCAUUGUGAGAUCCAUCGUAAUUGCUAGGAAGUCUUGGCUCUGUUGAAUGCCCUGUAAUUUCCACUCAUUGCUAGCAGUUCUAACCUCAGGACAAGCACAAAUAGGUGACUCCCUCCUUCCUGUGACAGCCUGUGGUGGAAGGCAUUGUCUUGGGAAGCUGGGGGUGAUUGAACGCUGGGCUUCCUUCAAGGAUUAGUCAUCACUACAUGUCCCCUCUGGAGAAACCUGUACUGGCCUCCAUUGGAAGUGUGGGUCCCCCCCAGCCUUCUCUUCCAAUUAACGGGGAUCUAGGCACCCCAGAUGCUUCUUGGCGGCAUGACCUUGAGCAAGUCACUUCCGCCUGCCUGCCUUAGAGUUGUGACUAAGACGAAAGGAAGGGUUUAAAAAAGAAUGAGAUAGAGAAGGGAAUGGCGAACCACUUGCGGGUUUUUCCCCAAGAAAUCCCCAAAUGGAGCCAAGAAGAGUCAGACACGAUGGAAAACGACUCAAGAAAACUCGCCCCCACCCCUGCCCCAUUGACAAAGCCUUCCUCGUGCAGUAGGCCAUGUUCCAGGGCUUGUGAUACAAGGUUAAGUCAUGAGGGGACUAUCCCCCUUUGGGGGGCUUUUGUCCUGGAGGGAAGCAGGUUUUAUCCAGAUUAAUUUCUGCUCCGUAUCAUCAGACAACUGGCAGAUGUCUUUGUUGUCCAGUUUGGUACAGCGAGGGAAGCCCUGCGUUCACAAUCCCUGGUCUAGUCCUUCAUCUCCCACCUCCAUGUCUUUGUCCUGUCAGUUCCUCGUGCUUGGAAUGACUUGCCUCCCCUCUUUCUACCUCACAGCAUUGCUGGUUGCUUUCAAAGCUCUCAAUCCUCCAAGGCGCCCAGAUUUAUUUUUGUCUUUCUUCAUUCUAAGACACGGUGUUUCUCUCUUCAAAUGGAAGCUUGAAAGUGGACUUAUUUUUGUCUUUGUAUCCCUGCUGCCCCACACACGGUAGGUGCCUAAUCCAUGCUUGCAGUUCCAUCUUCCUUAUUACUGUGAACAUUUUCUCCUCAAAUUAUUCUGCAUUUACUCAUCUGGAUAUGUGUACAUGUACCCCUCCCAAGGAUGGAAGAAUGGAAGCAACU